AUGCCCUCCCUGACGGCCGUCACCACCAGCUGCAGCACGAACAAGAAGGCCAAGGAGACACCAUCAGGCCAGGAGACACCACCAGCCGCAGCACAGACAAGAAGGCAAGGAGAGAGAGAGAGGUCUGCGACGACACGGCUCCUCGCGGCUGAGUCACAAUUACAGCCAGCCGCAGCAGCACGCACAAGAAGGCAAACGAUAUGCCCCCUGUUGCGGGGCUCAGCCCUAGAGGCGCAGGUAACAAGCGGGGUCUGCGACCCGAACACAGCUCUGCGGAACAAAGUCCUUCGAACUCGGAAGGUGGAGACGCCACCAACAAAGCCAACAAAGACCCGCAAGACUAUUUACCUUCCCGACAGUGACUACGAGCCUGCCGAGGUCGAGGUUCUUGAGGAUGGCACGAUUGUUGAGGAGACACGCGACAUUCCGCCACUCGGCACCAUGAGACCUUCUGACAACUCUGAGGAGGAGUACUGGAAGAAAGUGCUGCUCUCGCCCACUGGUGAUGAGACCCCUUUGGCUGGUUAUAGCCCUAUUAGAGACACUACUGCUGUAGACGAGGAGGACGGUCACGGCUCUGACGAGCCUCGUCCAAGUCGCUCACGGGCGUCUAGCAGUGCUUCGUCCGAGUUCACUGUCUACUCGACGUCUGAGGAUGAAGGAUAUGCUCCCACUGAAGGGGCACCUGCUUCAGCUGCGCCGGAGCCGGAGCCAGUCCUGGAACUAGUUCAUAUCCCCGAGGACGACUACGAGGUCGAGAACAGCGAGGAUGAUGACUACGGAGCAGCGGACCUCGGAAUUAACUCGGAGCAGUACGCUCGGCAAGAGGCGACUAAGGCGUCUGAGCGCAAGCGUGUGCUAAUGAAGAAGUGGCCUAGAGCUAAGUCUAAGCUUGACAUGAAGACGUUCAAAAUUCGCUUCUUCCCGGGGAUUGUGAUGCUUGACGAAUUCUACGAGUACAUUCAAUCUAGUAGUGACCCCGACUCUGAGCACGUCCCCGUUGUUUCUUGGCUCAUGGAUGUCAGGGCCGGUGCCACUGGUCUACUUUGUAGCAACGGCGAGCUGGUUUCACCAGACGACAUGCUCGAGUUCCGCCGCUCCCCGAAACACAUUCUUUGGAAGAUGAUGGUGCGGCGCUUCGGCACGGAUGAGUUCAGGGGUCGGAAGCUCACAAACAUUGGCCUGCUCUGCGUCAACAUUUCGCCUUGCUCCUAG